AUGAAAGAUACUUAUGUGCGAUUACUGAGAAAACUCACUAGAGAGAGGGUUGGAGAUGUAAAGGAAAUAGAAGAAGAUCUUAACAGAAUACCAGUUUUUGGUAUCCAAGUUGCUGGAGAAACCAUGACAUGUUGGAUUAUGACUAUGCUAUUUGGAGUCUUUUACUUUGUUCAACAUCUUGAUUCAGUACAAAUUCCUAUGAAUCGAGACCAAUCUUCACUUGCCAGAUUUAUGGAUGAAUUAUGGAAAUUAAGGAUAAGACUAUUGAAUGUGGGAACUUUUUAUUUAUCACAAGUUCAAGAAGACGUACCUCUUUAUGAUAGUGAGUUUCCACCCAAUAAUAG